AGAGUAUAUUAGCUAGCGUCAUUUUUUGUCGGGAGAGGAUAAGGCGGAGAUAGCAGAGGAUUGAGCAGUGGCGUAGCCGGACGACGACGACGACGAUCGAUCGCUGAACUCUGAUGGCCUUCUCCGCCAUUGCCAGUGGCUGCUGCAAUUCUUCAUGCCCUGUGGAGCUGUCAUCGACCUUCAUGGUGCCCCUGCAUUCUCUGCCCACUGGCAGGUCAAUUGGUGGCGCAUUCCUUCCCAAGCGCCCGCGACCUACGAUCUUCGCUUGCCCUCGCGCGUCUGCUUCUUCUUCUGAUUCAGAUCCACUUUUGGUGAAGGCUGCUAGAGGAGAUCCUGUCAUUCGACCUCCUGCAUGGAUGAUGCGCCAAGCGGGAAGGUACAUGGCUGUAUAUAGAAAGCUUGCAGAGAAAUACCCAUCCUUCCGAGAGAGAUCAGAGACGACUGAUCUCAUUGUGCAAAUUUCUUUGCAGCCUUGGGAAGCUUUCAAACCUGAUGGCGUAAUCAUCUUCUCUGAUAUACUCACCCCACUCCCUGCAUUUGGUGUUCCUUUUGACAUAGAAGAUGUGAGAGGUCCUAUAAUACAAUCACCUAUUCGUUCCGAAGAGAGCUUGAAAGCAUUGCACCCGAUUGAUUUGGAUAAGCUACAAUUUGUUGGAGAAUCUCUUAGAAUAUUGCGGAAACAGGUAGAAGGACAAGCUGCGGUAUUGGGAUUUGUUGGAGCUCCAUGGACUAUUGCCACCUAUAUAGUCGAAGGGGGAACAACUCGCACAUAUACAACAAUAAAAAGUAUGUGCCAUACAGCACCCCGUUUGCUAAGGAGUCUUUUGUCUCAUUUGACAACAGCAAUAACCGAAUAUAUCAUUUUCCAAGUGGAGUCCGGAGCUCACUGCAUACAGAUAUUUGAUUCAUGGGGCGGCCAACUCCCGCCUCAUAUGUGGGACCAAUGGUCAAAGCCGUACAUAAAUGAGAUUGUAAGAGUGGUGAAGGAUAGAUGUCCUCAAACGCCACUUGUGCUCUAUAUCAAUGGAAAUGGUGGGCUUCUUGAGAAGAUGAAAGGAACUGGAGUUGAUGUUAUUGGGCUUGAUUGGACGGUGGACAUGGCCGAUGGAAGGAGGCGCCUUGGAAAUGAUAUUAGUAUACAAGGAAACGUGGACCCUGCCUGCCUAUUUUCCACUCUACCUGCUUUAACGGAUGAAAUAAACAGGGUUGUGGAGUGUGCCGGGACGAGGCGCCAUAUCCUCAACCUGGGCCAUGGAGUUCUUGUGGGUACUCCAGAAGAAGCAGUGGCUCAUUUCUUUGAUGUUGCAAGAAGCAUCAAAUUCGACUCGGAAAAUUUGGCUGUUGGGGCAGCACCCAAUUUGGUAGCUUGAGAGCCAAAUCCUCUUGGGGAACAAAACCAGAUGUUCUUGUUCUUCCAUAUAAGCGAGGAGGGAAUGAUUAAUACAAGUUUUGCAGUGUAAUGUAGCCUAUACUUGUCAUUGCAAUCAAAUUGUGCGAUGCUUUGGAAA